AUGGGCAGCAGCGGCAGCAGCGCGAGCAAGUUCGCCCAAAGCAAUGAUGGCAGGCCGUCAUAUUGGCACCAGAGUGGUCCCUUCGACAAAUGCCAAGUGCAAUCGAGCUGGGGCUGGCACGUGGGACUGCACCACGGUGUUGAUCACAUCCACAGUGGCUCGAAAAGCGCUCUCCGCACCGAGAAGAACAGCAAGGGCAAUGUGAAGUGGUUCGAUGGUGGCAACGGCAAGCCUCGUCCUGGGGCAACGUACCACGAGGUCACUCACUACAAUGGUAAUGGCCCCACAAUCCGUCAAUUGAAGGACGACAGUGGCAAGAAUCAUCAAGGAAAGUACCACAUGUUCAACCAUUGCCACAACUAUGCCGAUAGUCAACUGCACGGAUGGGGUGGUAAGACCACCAAGCUUUGA